UUGCCGGACCGAGAACAUCCUUACCGUGGGUUGUGACAGCAGGCUAAACCUCGUUCUGUUUUCUCGGCAGCGUCUGCCAAGGCUCAUGGAGAACGGCACCCUGAACCCAAUCAUCCGAGAUGUCUACGCGGCGGCCAGCCACCUGCAGCAAGCGUCGGUCGACGCGUCCGUGAACGGCUGCAAAGAUCUGAUGGUCAAACUGACGGAGGGGCAGUAUGUGCUGUGCCGCUGGACCGACGGGCUCUAUUACCUGGGCAAGAUCAAGAGGGUGAGCGGCUCCAAGCAGAGCUGCCUGGUGACCUUUGAAGAUAAUUCCAAAUACUGGGUCCUCUGGAAGGACAUUCAGCAUGCUGGUGUCCCUGGAGAGGAGCCGAAGUGUAACAUCUGCCUGGGAAAGACGUCUGGGCCCAUGAACGAAAUCCUCAUCUGUGGGAAGUGUGGUCUAGGUUACCACCAGCAAUGCCACAUCCCCGUGGUGACCAGCAGCGGCGAGUCGGUGUUGACGCCGUGGUUCUGCCGGAGAUGCAUAUUUGCCCUCGCCGUGCGGAAAGGCGGUGCCCUGAAGAAGGGAGCCAUUGCCAAGACGCUGCAAGCUGUCAAGAUGGUGCUGUCCUACAACCCGGAUCAGCUGGAGUGGGAUUCCCCGCACCGGACCAACCAGCAGCAGUGCUACUGCUACUGUGGGGGCCCAGGAGAGUGGUACCUGAAGAUGCUCCAGUGUUACCGCUGCAGGCAGUGGUUCCACGAGGCCUGCACCCAGUGCCUUAGUGACCCCAUGAUGUUUGGAGACCGGUUUUACGUCUUUUUCUGCUCGGUGUGCAACCAGGGGCCAGAAUACAUCAAGCGCCUGCCCUUGAGAUGGGUUGAUGUGGUCCACUUGGCCCUCUAUAACCUGGGUGUGCAGAGCAAAAAGAAGUACUUUGACUUUGAGGAAAUCUUAGCCUUUAUAAAUCACCACUGGGAUCCCUUGCAGCUCGGAAAGCUAAUGGGCACCCCCCUCGCAGAAAGAGGCCCGCACCUUCUCAAUGCACUAAACAGCUAUAAAAGCAGAUUUCUCUGUGGCAAGGAAAUCAAGAAGAAGAAAUGCAUCUUUCGCCUGCGCAUUCGCGUCCCGCCAAACCCUCCCAGCAAGCUCCUGCCGGAGAAGGUCCCAGGCAUGGGCGAGACCAGACCCUCGGAGCUGAAGAAGAGAGGAAAAAGCCAAUACGCCCAUAAGAACAGUUUGCUGCCCCAUGAUUUUCAACAGCAGAAAAGGCGAGUUACUAGAAGAAAAAAAUCAAAAUUUUUGUUGGAGGAUGCUAUUCCCAGCAGUGACUUCACGUCUGCCUGGAGCACAAACCACCACCUGGCCAGCAUAUUCGACUUCACGCUGGAUGAAAUUCAGAGCUUGAAGAGCGCCAGCUCGGGUCAGACUUUCCUGUCUGACCUGGAUUCUACGGACGCUGCCAGCACGUCGGGCUCCGCAACGACAAGCCUGUCCUAUGAGUCGAGCAGGAGGAACGUGGGCAGCCGCAAGCGCAAGCUGGCCGCCAAGGCCUAUGCCCCGGUGGGAGCGAAGAGAAAAGGCGUCGAGGCAGGGGGGGCCCUGAACGGCUGCGCCUCGGAGAGCAGCGAGACGGCCGGCGCCCCCGAGCGCCAGGACGACGGCAUCGACAGCCACACCUUCGAGAGCAUCAGCGAGGACGACUCCUCCCUCUCCCACCUCAAGUCCUCCAUCACCAGUUACUUCGGAGCUGCCGGCAGGCUGGUGUGCGGGGAGAAGUACCAGGUGCUGGCUCGCAGGGUGACCCCGGAGGGGAAAGUCCAGUAUCUGGUGGAAUGGGAAGGCACCACCCCCUACUGACCCGCCGGCCCCCCAGACCAGCCUGGGGAACGCUCUCGAGAUGAAACAAAAUAAUACGUAUAAAAAAAACCACCCCCAUGACCUAAACCAAAGGAAGAAGGGAUGCGUGGGUGACCAGGGCCCCACGCUGGGCACGCACCGAUGGGCAAGAGCUUGGAAAACUCCCCUCCUACCCGCUGCGGGGAGCGUGAGCAGGGUGCAAACACAGCCAACGCUGACUGUACCAGAGCAGGGCAUAUCUAGGGAACGGUGAAGGACUCAGAGCAGGGAGGCGUGGAGGUGAUUGGACUCAGUCGGCUGCAGCUGCCAGUGGCUGGACCUGAGAGACUUGGUUUUUAAGAAGGAUUGUUAUUUUCCUGCUCGCCUGUAUGCAGACAGCAUCGCCUAGUCCUGUUUGUCUGACCUGCCCAUUGGCCGGGCUGGGGGUACCGUCUCUGCGGUAGCGAG